CAGAGAUUCAGGAAUGUUUGGAAUUGUCACAUAUGAAUUGGUCCCAGGAGAAUUUUCUUCUUUUUUCACAGUAGAUACAUCCACAGGAAUUAUUUACCUGACCUCAGCUCUUGGCCGGCUGGCACGUUCUGCACUCUUCCUGACUGUUUCUGCACGGGAUGGGGGUGGCCUUCCCUCUGCCAGCAAUGCAGCUGUCACAGUAAACAUCCUUCAGACUGUUUUGGUCCCUGCCAUAUUUGAGAGAUCCCGGUAUAGCUUUUCUGUUCCAGAAGAUGCGCCUGAAGACAGCAUGAUUGGCACUGUAAAGGCCAGAGAGCCUUCAAAUUCGCUAGAAGUGGUUUCUUACAGAAUUUGUUCUGGUGAUCCACAUGGGAAGUUCUCUAUCGACCCCCAGUUUGGCAUUAUCCGCACCAAGAAACAACUUGACCAUGAAGCUCAGUCUGUUGUGGUGCUCACUGUUCAGUCACAGCUGGGUGACUCCCCCAUCUACAGCAGCACUCAAGUCAACAUAUCUGUGACAGACAUCAAUGACAACCCCCCAGUGUUUCUUACCAAAUCUGAUAAGGUAACCAUCUCACAUACCCAGCCUCCCGGCACUGCUGUCUACAUUGCUCAUGCAGAAGACAAAGACAGUGGCCUAAAUGGGGUAAUCAAAUACAGUAUUGCAAGCAAGCAGUCAGAUGCAUUUAGCAUUGAUCCAAGUCUUGGAGUGGUAAACCUUACUAGGACAGUGUUUGCAGAAAAGCAGCAGGAAUACACUCUACACAUAGCAGCUGAAGACUGUGGAAGCCCUCCUCUGACUUCUUUGCUGAUGCUGACAGUGGUUAUUGAAGAGCAGAAGAUGGGCCCUACUUUGGUUUUCCAAAGCUUGGUGUAUCAAAUAGAAGUCAGUGAAGCUACCUCUCCAGGUGCCCAAAUCCUUCAGGUUCAAGCCCACUCACUUGAUCCACACAGCGUUACCUCCAAUCUGACAUAUUCCUUAGAGCCUAGCACUGAUUCUGUUGUGUUUGGAAUCAGCUCUGAUACUGGCUGGAUUUAUCUUCGGAAACAUUUGAACUAUGAAUGCGCACAGAUGCUGAGUUUUAGAGCAUUAGUCAGCACAUCUGAGGAUGAAAACUUUAGGCAAAAUGCAAGUACAUCUAUAAUAGUUAAUGUCCUGGAUGAAAAUGAUCAUUCUCCCAUGUUUAUGCCUGAGACCUACUUCUUUGAAAUUGAGGAAAAUCCGAUUCCCAGUGGAGUGGUUGGCACCAUUACAGCUGUUGACAAAGACUCAGGAAGAAAUGGACAGCUUUCCUAUUUCCUCUUGUCUGAUGGAAAGUAUUUCAAGAUGAAUUCCAACACAGGUGAAAUCAUAAACUGGGCGGCACUGGACCGCGAGGAGCGGGCGCACCACGAGCUGCGGGUGCUGGCGACGGACGCGGGGCAGCCGCGGCGCAGCGCCACGGCCACCGUGCACAUCACCAUCCGCGACCGCAACGACCACGCGCCGCGCUUCCCGCAGGGGGCGCUGCGCCGACAGGUUUUGGAAGGGCAGCCAUCAGGAACACUUGUUGCCACCGUCUUUGCAAAAGACUUUGAUUCUGGAAACAAUGGUGCUGUAUUAUAUUCACUAGAAUCAGAAGAGGAUAUAGGCUACUUCCAGAUUGAUGCUGUCAGUGGAGAGUUAAGAACAACCCAGACUCUGUCACAUGCUGAGAGAUCUGACUACAGAAUGAUGGUGAUAGCCAAGGACCAGGGGAUGCCUUCGCUUCAAGGGCAUGCUGCUGUUUACAUCCAGGUAAUCCCACUUUCCAGCGGGAGAUCUGGCUUCUUUCAGGACUUCAAGCACUUUGUUGUACCUGAAAAUUUUAAACCUGCCCAAGUGUUGGAUUCUCUGAAGGCAUCGAGUAACCAUCUAGCACCUAACAGGAAACUGCAUUUCAGUAUUGCUAAAGAUGAUAAUGUUCAUUUUGAAAUAGACAGCUUAACGGGAGACCUUUAUCUUUCCAAGGAACUUGAUUAUGAAACAGAUUCGCACUUUCUUUUGCAAGUUAUUAUAAAGGAUUAUAAUAAUCCCCCCCAAAAUAGCACUGUAUUCCUAAGUAUUGAUGUAGAAGAUAAGAAUGAUCAUUCUCCACAUUUUCAAGACGACUUUGUAGUGAUUGGCAUAGAAGAAAAUGUACCCAUUGGCACUCUCGUUUACACAUUCAAUGCAAAGGAUGGAGAUGGCGGUUUUCUGAACAGCAAAAUAGAGUAUUCCUUAGAAAUAAGUAACACAGGUGAAAAUCAAUUUCUUAUUCACCCUUUGUAUGGCACUUUGACCACAGCUUCUCCACUGGACAGGGAGAUUACACGUUCUGUGAUCUUGACAGUGUUUGCAGAAGACCAGGCAAUAAAUCUGACUGAUCGUCGUCUGGAUUCCCUGGCUGUCAAAAUUGUUAUUUUAGAUACCAAUGACAACAGUCCCAGUUUUAUGUCUUCGCCUCUUUCCUAUGUCAUGGAGGAUGUGGAGGUGGGCUUCCUUGUACAUCAUAUAAUUGCAAAGGAUCCUGAUGAGGGAAGAAAUGGACAAGUUACAUAUCACAUUCUUUCAGGCAAUGAAAACAAAGCAUUUGUACUGGAUAAAAUCACAGGACUCUUGACUACAGCCCAGUUUCUAGACCGUGAGGUUCAGGAGCGCUACAGUUUGACAGUCAUAGCUCUUGAUGACGGCAGCCCAGCUCUCUCUGCCACACAAGUUCUAACCAUCAUUGUUCUUGAUGUGAAUGAUGAGGCCCCAGGAUUCCUGGAGCAACUUUAUGAGGCUGCAGUUCAUGAGAACCGAGAUCCAGGGGAGUUUGUCAUACGAGUGGAGGCUGUGGACCGAGAUGCAGGGCUGAAUUCCUUGCUUCACUAUGAAAUCUUACCAGGAACUGGUUAUGAGAAAUUCAAGAUGAACUCGGACAGUGGAGAACUCGUAACAGCUGCAUCACUGGACAGGGAAACGCAGGAGGUUUUCAGCAUUAAAGUUUUGGUUCAGGACAGUGGAACUCCGUCGCUGUCAAGCACAGUGACAGUGAUCUGCACAGUGCUGGAUGAAAAUGAUCACUCUCCCACAUUUCUUCUUCCUCCCUCUGAGAUCUUUAUUCCAGAGAACCAACAGCUUUCUGUUGUUUAUGUUAUCCGGGCUCUAGAUAUGGAUGCUGGCAAUAAUGGAGCUCUAAGAUACAAAAUAACUGGUGGAAAUGUUGGAGAAUACUUCACACUAAAUAAUACAGCGGGCAAGCUGCUGGUCACUCGUAGCUUAGACAGAGAAGACAUCAGCAAUUUCACUCUUGUAAUUGAGUGCCAUGACCUAGGCAGUCCCUCAAGAAGCUCCACUGCACAGCUGUAUCUAACAGUCUUGGAUGAAAAUGACCACAGCCCAUUGUUUGCGAAGACCCAGUAUCAAAUCUCUGUGACAGAAGACCUGGAGGAAGGCUCAGCCGUCCUGGAGCUCUCUGCUUCUGACGAAGAUGCUGGCCUGAAUGGUGAAGUUAUGUACUCCCUUAUUGAUGAUACCUAUGGAGCAUUUGCCAUCGAUAGUGUCACAGGAUCCAUCAUUACUACAAAGGCACUGGACAGGGAGACCAAGUCCCGGUACACUUUUAGGGCUGUGGCAAGUGACUGCAGUACCCAUUUUCCAAGGAGCACCACUGUCAGUGUUGUGGUGCACGUUAAUGAUGUCAAUGACAACGAUCCUGUUUUUAUGCAGAAUCCUAUCAGGGUCUUUGUGCCUGCUGAAAUUGCUGUGAAUGAGACAGUAGCCACUGUGAGAGCAGAGGAUGUGGAUCUGGGAUCAAAUGGAGCUGUUGUUUUUAAUUUGCUGGUGGCAGAAACUGUAUUUCAGGUUGAUGUGAAGACAGGUGACAUCAUUCUUCGGGAGCCCUUGGCUUCCAAGGACUUCAGUACCCAGCUGGUAGUGACAGCUUCAGAUCAAGGCAUCACACCUCGAACGGCCACAGCUGUGGUCAUUAUCUUUACAGAAGAGCAAGAGGAGGUGAUCUCAUUCAGCCACAGCCUCUACGAAGCAAGUGUGCCUGAGAACAGUGCAGCAGGUACAUCACUUCUAACAGUAGAAGCCUAUGAACACAAAUUUAGAGGAGAAAACAUAAAAUACAGCAUCUUCAGUGACCAGGAAAUAUUCUCCAUACACCCUGUUACAGGCACAAUCACAGUAAAAGAGCCAAAAUACCUUGAUUAUGAAGAUAAGUGUAAAAUAUAUCUCACAGUUGUGGCUGAAAAUAGCUUCAAUUCAGUGUUCUGUGGAGUGACAGUUUUGAUUCAAGAUGUGAAUGAUAAUACACCUAAAUUUGAGCAAAGCUAUUACAAAGCAUCAAUAUGGGAAGGCCAGAGUCCUAAAACAGACAUCAUACAGGUAUUUGCAACUGACCUUGACAGUGGGCUGAAUGGAGAAACUGAAUACUCAAUUGUAUCUGGUAAUGAAAAUGCAACAUUUCUGAUUGAUUCAGCACGAGGAAUUCUAGCAACUAAUACAGGCUUAGAUUAUGAAAACACUUCAUCUUACAGGUUGGUUGUACAAGCUGCUGAUAAAGGAAACCCCAGACUCUCUGCUACAACUAUUGUGAGGAUACAAGUGUUAGAUGUUAAUGACAACGCUCCAGUUGUCCAACCACUAGGUGAAGUGGAGGUCCCAGAAAAUGCCCUGCCUGGUUUUAUAGUGACUCAAGUGUCAGCAAGUGAUGCAGACUCAAGGCCAGCACUUCAGUUUGGUUUUAUUUAUGAUAAUAGUCCUGAAAUGAAAUUUGCCAUCGAUCAACACACUGGUGUCAUCACAGUGGUGGAACCAUUAGAUUUUGAAGAAACUGCUGUGUAUACGCUGCAUAUCAUAGUUUCAGAUUCUGUGCAUCAAACAGAAGCAGAGCUCACCAUCCUUGUUUUGGAUAUCAAUGAUAACCCUCCAAUGUUUACUCAAGAUUUUUAUCAGGUGAACUUGCCAGAGCUCAUUUCUAUGGAUGCCACUGUUCUGACACUCUCUGCCAUAGACAGAGAUUCUGAACAUAAUGGAAUGAUUUCCUACAAAAUCCUCUCUUCCUGUGAGGGAUUUUCCAUUGAUCACAAGAAUGGUUCACUCUUUGCCACAGAACCAGUUAUGCAGCUGAAAAAUAUUUCCAUUAUUCAUCUCCUGAUAGAGGCCACAGAUGGUGGCAGUCCCCCUCUGAGUGCUGUUACCUCCUUAGAGGUACAUGUAGAAGAUGUCAAUAACUGCGCCCCUCGCUUCACAAAGGUUCUGUACAAUCUCAGCGUGAGUGAGGAUGCCUCAGUUGGAGAAAGUGUCCUCCUGUUCUCAGCCGUUGACUGCGAUUGGACACGUGACAACGCGUUUGUUGAAUACUCUAUUAUUGGUGGCAAUGCUGAGAAUUUAUUCUCCAUACAAACAAGUGUCAUGGGGUCGGAAACAUCCUACAAACUUGUCGGCAGUCUUGUUUUGAGCAGUGCCCUUGACAGGGAAACAGCUGCUUCUCACCAGUUGGUUCUCCUUGCCUCUGAUCGUGGAACACCUUCCUUGAACUCCACUGCCACAGUGCUAAUAACUGUGCUGGAUGUUAAUGAUAACCCUCCAGUAUUUAGCAGUCCAGAGUAUCAUGUUCAUGUCAAAGAAAGCAUCCCCAUAGGCAGUCACAUCACUGAAGUUUCAGCAAAAGACUGUGAUGCAGGCACUAAUGCAGAUAUCACUUAUGCUAUCAUCUCUGGAAAUGACAGAGGGCAUUUUUGCUUGGAUGGUAGAACAGGAUCUGUAAAUUUGACAAAAACGCUGGAUUAUGAGGAUACCAUGAAAUUCACUUUGGUUAUCCAAGCCACAGAUGGAGGAACUGAUGUAAAAAAUAUGGCUUUUGCUGUUAUUCUUGUUGGUGUCCUAGAUGACAAUGAUUAUGCCCCGCUUUUUUUGUUUCCCAGUCUGAGCUGCACUGUCAGUGAAAAUCUGCCUACGUUUUCUUUUGUGUGUGCUGUUUGUGCAUUGGAUCUUGAUAAAGGCUCCUAUGGGCACCUUACCUACUCCAUUCAGUCUUCAUGUUUGGCUCAUCGUGAAGCUGCUAGAGACCAUGGCAUGUUCUUCAUUGAUCCUUUAACAGGAGAUAUUCAUACAAAGCAAAUGUUUGACUAUGAAAGUCAAAAUAGGUACUGUCUCAUAAUCCAAGCAAAAGACAGAGGCGAUUCACUGGCUACGACUGCAGUUCAGAUAGAUAUUGAGGGGAGAGAUGAAUUUGACCCAGUGUUUACACAAGAACAUUAUUUCUUUAAUCUCCCUGACAAGAAUGAAGCAGGCCAGUUGAUUGGUAGAGUGACAGCAUUCGACAGUGAUGGUGGACUGGAUGGAGUUGUUCAUUACUCCCUUCUAAAACCUUCUCCAUUCUUUUCUGUGAAUCAAACCAGUGGCAAUAUUUAUUUGACUCAGAGUGUUCACAGAAGGAAAAAUGGCAUCAAAAGGAAUGAUGAUACUCUGAAAUUGUUGGUAAGAGCUCAUAGCCCCAAAAUUAUGUCAAGGUUCACAGCGUGCACUGUUUUUGUAAAUAUUUCCAGUUCUCCUGAGAGUGAUCCCACAGUGUCAGCACACAGCCUGACAGUGAGUGUUUCCAUCUCACUGAUGUUGUUUUUGCUGCUUGCCAUCAGUCUUAUCACACUUACUCUGAGACUUAGGCAGAAAGAUCGGAUGAAUGCUUGUGUGAAAAAAAACCCAGUAUCCUCCUCAGCUGCUGAUGUGAAUUCAAUAAAAGAAGACGAGGACUGCCAGAAAAUCCAAAGUACUGAGAGCAGUAUGCUUCCCAUGGGUGCUAUCGCAAAAUGGCUGAGCCUAGCAGGACUCGGAGAGGGGAAGGAUGAUGAUGUCUCCUGCAGGCAUUCAGACUCCAGUGGCCAUGGUUCUGCUGAAGGAGAGACUGCAGAGGACGAGGAAAUCAAACGGAUCUAUGAGUGUCCUUGCAGAAAAAGCAUUGGCUCAGCACUGAGCGAGCAUGGCUUGCAGAUGCCAGAUUCAGGGAUCCCAAGAGAGUCUGAUCAGUUCUCAUAUCAUUCUGGAGAAACAGAUGUCACAGCUACCAUGCAAAGCAUGGAGAAUGUGCAGACCAUUAGAGGGGAAAGCAGGGAAGAAACCUGUGACACAGCCUAUGCACACAAAAUCUUGUCUCAAACACUUAUGAAAACUGGAAUAAAAGAGGAAGGCAUAAUGACAGAUCUCACAAGAGACUAUGUCUUGAUGCCAGAUAGGAAAGACUCUGGGUAUGAUUUGCUUGCAACUGUUGGCACCUCAGAUGAGGAUCUCAGAGGUGGUUAUAACUGGGAUUAUGUGCUGAGCUGCGAACCCAGAUUUCAACCUCUUGCCUCAGUGUUUAAUGAUAUUGCUGAACUGAAAGAUGAAAAUAUUCACAUUCACAGCUUCUCUCAGGAGAAGAUAUCUCUUGUUUUCCCUCCUCCCUUGAUAACUUCAGUAGCACAGCCUGGCAUAAGGACAGUGCCCCCAAGAAUGCCAAAUGUAAUAUCAGGGCAAGCUUUUAAUAAAUACCCUUAUCCUCCUAUUAUCCAUAAUCAUGGAUACCCUCCAACAACUAUGACCCCCAGAUUUUCUCCUACUCUCUCUUUACUUACCAUACAGACACCUUCUGCUUCUCCAGUAGUGUCUGAUGGGAAAAUGAUAGGAACACGUCUUAUUGAUCCAAGCUACGAACUUGCAACAGAGGAAGAAAUUCAGGUCUAGGUUAUUAACUGACAGUAUUUUAUGGUAAAAAAUAUGGCUUAAAAUAUAUUUUGUUACUUUUUAACAGCAAAAUAUGCCUGUCAGAGCUGCAUCACCAGUGUUUUUUCUGUUUUCACGAGCCUGAAAAGUUAAAAUAUAAUGUAGUCAGAAAUUUGGUAACUAUACCUCUUGUUUUUCCCAGAAUACACUGUGGGAAUACACUUCUCUUCCAGCUCACACGUGUGCUUUCCUAUGUAAAACACACAGCCAAGUGCUUGAUAACCAAUUUGGCCAAUUUUACCAUUUAUCUUAUAAAAUACAUUAAUAACAAAUAAAUGGAAGUAAUUUUUUUUUAUUGUGGAAAACAUUUGUUAGCAUACUGGUGGGUUCUGACUGAUUCUGUGGUGGUGUUAGAGGAGGAUACUGGAGGGAUGUGUAAGUACAGCAGGUGUGGGGGUGGGCAAAGGAUAAAACAAGGACUCCUACUGAGCUCUUUCUUAGUCUUUACCCAGGUUUUGCAAAUCUCAGCCUGUGGGUCCCAAAGAUUUGUUUGACCUGGUGUGGUUUCAUCAAAACAGAAUAAUCAGUGGGAAGAUAAAAGCAACCAUCUUCUCUAUUACUAGCUCUCAAGUAGAUGCCUAUUGGCAUUACAGAGGGUGCCCUGGGGCUCAGGCAGCUGGAAGAACAGAGUGUUACAGUUCUGAAGGUUGUGUAUGCCUCCACCCUGGUCUUAGGUUCUGUGCUGGACCAAAGAUCUCUGCAAGACCAGAUAAUCUGGCCUUGUUUGUUGUAUGUAUCAUACACAUUUUGUGUACCUAUG